AUGCAGAGAGUUAUCCAACGGACGACUUCCGCCCGGAAGCAGGCCUUCAAAAGAUCCAUCAAGGCUCAAGAACGACAGGAAUUGUUGGAUCGCGUCCAGACCAAGCGGGCGCGGAAGGACUUUGGCGCCGCAUUGUCCUCUCAGUUCAAGGAGGCACGGAAGAAUCGCUGGGAGGAUUGGGAGAAGGGUCCACUUGCACCCAUGCGAGAUGCCGGACUUGACCGCACUACAUAUGGUGGCCUGGAAGGUAGCAUUCUGCACCCUCCACGUCUCCCCAAACACGAGCAACGGAGACAUGUCCUUUUCGCCGCCGGUGAUCGAGUCUGCGUCAUCCGUGGACAAGACCAGGGCAAGAUCAACGUGAUUACCCAAGUCAACCGAGACAGUGAGACAGUUCUCAUCAAGGACGUCAACAUGCGCGAUGUCAUUAUUCCUGAGUGGGCCAAAGACCGAAUGGCCAACAGCAAUAUCGACACACAACCCCAGUCGUUCCCAGUCUCCUUCGACGAUAUCCGCCACAUCAUCAAGCUGGAAGAUACCGAGACUGGUGAGAUGCAGCAAGUUAUGGUCAAGCACGCCUAUGCCGCUGGCCCCUACCAUGAGCGAUCCCCCGAAAGCAAGAACCCCAGAUACACCCGUUACGUCUCCGGUUUGGACAUCGAAAUCCCCUGGCCCGUGGAGGAGGAGCCCACCAUCGCCGACGGUGACAUGGACACAUCACGAAUGGAGGUUGAGGCUAGCACAUUUGUUGCCUCGCUUGCCGAACCCCCCAUGCCAUCGACCGUGAUUGACGAGCUGCGCAACAAAUACUCCAAAUUCCGUACCCGUCACGACCCCGAAUACUUGAAGGAGAAGAUGACCGAGGACUACCAAAAGCAGUACAGAGAGACUGUGUCCCUGUCUACACCGAAGACUGAAGUCAUCAAGUUGCGGGCUGCCAAGGCACUCGAGAAAAGGAAUGCACGAUUGGACGCCGAUGGAAAUGCGCAAUUGUCCAAGGAAACUAAGAGUUUCAUUGACCAGUAUCUGCAUAAGGAUAUGAGAGGACCACUCCUCAAGCAACAGAAGAUCAAGUUUGCGGCCCAUCAAAAACGGGCCAAGGGCAAGUCUGGCAAGGCCAAAAAGGCCAAGGCCGAGGAGGCUUCCUAA